AUGCCAGCGUCCGACAACAGGAAGGAGGAUGAAUCUCUCCACGAUUCGGGCAGAGACAUCGACCGUGACAAGGACAGAGAAAAGGGCGGGAAGGUCAAGGGCCCUUCAAAGACGAAAGACCUCUCCCAUGUCCCUUGCAAAUUUUUCAGAGUUGGUUCGUGCACAGCGGGGCCCUCCUGCCCGUUCUCCCAUGCCGUCCUCGAGCCUGGCCAGCAAAAAGAAGUAUGCGCUUGGUUCGUCAAAGGCAACUGCAAGUUUGGUCACAAGUGUGCGCUUGCCCACAUCCUGCCUGGCCAGAGCAUGUCCAUGGACAGGAAGAACAAAAAAGCAGCGCAGCUUGCUGCUAACGCGGCCAACGCUCCGGGCGGUGGUGGACGUGAGGGGUCACGGGCUGCUCGAUCGCAGAAGAGCGGGUCUCAUGGAGGCAGCAGCUCGCAGUCUCGCAAUGCUUUGCUGUCCGGCUCAACCGCGCCCACUCGGGCAGUCUCGAGCAACUCGCGAUCAGGCAUCCCCAUGCAACUCAAGACCACUCUGUCUCCUUCGACGCCUGCUCCUCCUGUGAAGGAUACUGACUUUGCGUCGUUCGGCCUCCCAGACGAGAGUAACAAACUUCCCAGUGCCCCCGCGCAGGGUAAGUCUGCCGCUCUGCAGAUGCCAACCGACAUGACCCCGCAUGCGAGCGAAGGCGACCAGACCGAUGUUAUCAAGGCAGAGGAGAUGAUGAAGGACGAAAGCAGCACUCCAUCGACUGUUCCGGCGGGCACGCCCAUCGAUUCUCGUCGCGUCGGAGAAGCUGAGAAUGGCUCGUUCAAUGCGGCGGAUUUUGGACCGAUUGGUUCACCAACGCAUUCGUCCCCAUCUGCCAUAAAGCCAAUGCGCGCACAUGUGAAUGGCGUUUCCCCUGGCACUUCUCCGCAAACGCAUGGGUUGUCAUCCUCGCCCUUCUCGGCACCUGGAACGCAAUCCGUUUUCGUGUUUCCCGAGCAGGAGGAGUCUGUGAACGUGUUCAAAUCUCGUUCAGGCAUUUCUGCCUCUCUCGGUGCAAUGUUCAAUUGGUCAGCAGAUCGACCGUCUCCUCGGGUGGAAGGAUUCAGCGCGGGAGGCAUGGUCAAUGAAAUAGUGGUGGAGGAUGAGGACCUGGAAGAGUUUUUACCGAGCUCCUUGACUGAUUUGCUUACGCCUGAAGAACGCUCCAGACGUAUGUCACGUACGAAAGGAAGCCGUGCGGGCGUGCUUGCGUCUGAGCGAGAUCCUGUGGUUGGCCAGCGGCCAGGCAGCGAAGGGCUCCAUCACAAAUACUCGCGCUCUGUCCCUGCACCGUCAUUGUCGCACGACAUCAGGUCGAUCUGGGCCGACAGCAAUGACAACAGUGCGUUAGAUCCAGCUAUCGCCAGUGGUGGACUUGGCAAUGGCACCCCGAGCUCUUUUCAGUCCAACUCUGCAUUAACCGGCAGACCGUCCGGUGAGGAUAUCCUUGCCCCGUCCAAUGCCUCUGCAGCGUUCCUUCCUGGACUUCAUCAUCACUAUUUGCAUGCCAAGACGCAACGAAUCAGUCUCCUUUCUGGAAUGACUCCUCUGCACUCGGCUUCUGGUAAUAGCAUGUCUCACUACUCGAACAUUUACGGAGCAGGACUCAGCGCGGGAACGAUGUCCCCCCCUCGCACAAAUGUGCUCGGGAACCGCACCACCUUGGAUACCGUUUCUUCUGAUAUAUACCAUCCCCACUCCUCGCUUACUCCUUCGGGCCACCCAAUACAGAGCAGAUAUGAUGACUUCGCCACAGAAGGAGACGAGCGGCACACGGCAUUCUCCCCAUCGGCUCGGGCACUACAGGCGCAUGCUCCCGGACAAAGUCUACCUCAGGGCCUUGCCGCCGGUUACUCUCGGAUCCAUGCCUUGCCACCGCCGCCAGUUAUUCCUUCUCCGUCAACACCUGGUGCAUUUAGUCAAGCGGGUGGGGUUUCUCCAGGCACAAAGAUGUUCGGCCACGUGCAGAGCGCAUCGGGCGAUUGGCAUAGCAUGCCAUCUAGCACUGGGAAUGGCUUGGACCAUACGCCCGGGUCGCAGACCCUCAGUGGGCAGACUGCGUCGGUUGGUAGUUUACAGGCUGUCUUCUCACGUCUCUCGUAUUCUGCAGCUGCGUCCAGUAAGCAUACAUCUCCCCAGUCAUUUAAGGCUUACUCACUCUCGUCCUAUGUAGGAGGAGCGACUGCGGCUCCUCGUAUCACGAGCGUACGCAACGCGAACCCGCCUCAAGGCCUGUCGAGCCCGUUGAGUGGUCCCGUCUUGACUGGCGAUGAUGACGAUCUGUUCAGCAUGGAUGGAUGA